AAAAUGUCAGGAAAAGAUAGGAUCGACAUAUUCCCUUCUCGAAUGGCGCAGACCAUCAUGAAGGCGCGUUUGAAGGGUGCCCAGACCGGCCGAAACCUGCUCAAGAAGAAGGCGGAUGCCCUGUCGAUGCGUUUUCGCCAGAUUCUCCGCAAGAUUAUUGAGACCAAGACUUUGAUGGGAGAGGUGAUGAGGGAGGCGGCUUUCUCCCUGGCAGAGGCCAAGUUUGCAGCUGGAGACUUCAGUACCACAGUGAUCCAGAAUGUGAACAAAGCACAGGUCAAGGUCCGGGCUAAGAAGGAUAACGUAGCAGGUGUCACACUUCCGGUCUUUGAGCACUACCAGGAAGGAGGGGACAGCUAUGAGCUGACUGGUCUGGCCAGGGGUGGGGAGCAGCUGGCCAAAUUGAAGAGGAACUAUGCCAAGGCUGUGGAGCUGCUGGUAGAGCUGGCCUCCCUGCAGACCUCCUUUGUCACUCUGGACGAGGCCAUCAAGAUCACCAACCGACGUGUGAAUGCCAUUGAACAUGUGAUCAUUCCCCGGAUAGAGCGCACCCUUUCCUACAUCAUCACCGAGCUGGACGAAAGGGAGAGAGAGGAAUUCUACAGGCUGAAGAAGAUCCAGGAGAAGAAGAAGCUGAUGAGGGAGAAGACGGAGAAGGAGAUCGCGGCGCGUAUGGCCGCGCUGGGCCCCAUCGCAGAGCCCACCAACAUGCUGACAGAGGAGACGGACGAGGACCUGCUGUUCGAGUGACCCGCCCGUUCUCCUCUCCGUCCGUCCGUUGCCAAGCCAAAUUCAGCUGUCCGUCUUAUUUAUCCGAAGUCUGCCAGGCUUCCACUUUGUGAAAAGAAAAAUUAUUGGUUUCUUGUAAAUGUUGGUGAUGUUUUGUCAUUAUAUUGAUCACAGUAUUGAAGAAUCAGUCAGUUGUGGUUAUAUAUAAAUCAUUCAUGGAAGCAUACUGUUGAUUACCAGUACUAUGCUUCCAUUCUUGUGUAUGAAGAAAUAUUAGAGGUUGAUGUCAAACACUCAGAAAGGGACCAAACGGGCUUUUUUUUGCAGUUACCUAAUAUAUGUUGAGGAAGACUAAUUGGCGUAGAUUUUAUUGCAAAAUUCAGUGUCACCAUUGCCCGCUGUUGUCCUGUGCUGUUCAGGACAGUUUUCUGUGUUUGUUCAAAGUGUGACUAUUGUGGAAGUUAUUUUUGUUCAAUAAUCUCACUAAUUCACAUCUCUACCGUGGUCUAUUUAUUAUACUGGGAACUGACUGAGACUGUAGCACUUGGUGUGUGUGUGU